AUGCAAAUUGAACAGCUACCAAACAAUUCUUUUACCAUGAAGCUGUUCGCCGUUGCCGUGAUUGGAUUCGUAGCCUUAGCUGGCUCACAAGCCCAUUCUACUCAUCAUCAUCAUCAUGAUACACAAACUGAAGUUGGACAUAACACUCAAGAAUAUACAAAUGAUCGUUAUGACCAGUACAAUAACAACAAUGGUGAAAAUCAAUACCAACAACGCAACGAAGAAUUGAACCAACAACGCAACAACAACCAAGAAAGCUCUAACGAGAGGUUGUUGAACAAUCUAAACCAACAGCGCAACAUCAACCAGGAAAGCUCUAACGAGAGGUUUUUGAACAAUCAAGACCAACAAAACAACCAAGACUUGAAUGAGUUCAGUGAGUCUAACUGGAAUAUCCAAACUCCUAUUCGUUCGGUGAAGAAGAACAGUCAAAACCAGGCAAUUAAAACCAACAGCCACGAGGUAUUCCAAAGCGAGAACCAGUGGAGUAAAUCCCAGACUUCCAGAAACUUCAACCAACAAAGCCAAGAGGAAGUUAACCAACAAACAUUCAACAACAAAAACCGUGCAAGUCAAAACUAUGGAUCAUCAGACUCAUCCGAAUCAAACUCCCAAGAUGAAUACGUCAAUACCAAUGAUUUGUCCAACGAAAUUGGACAUCAGGUUGCACAGAAAAUGGUUAGAUUCUUUACCAUCAUGGAUAAAUAUACUGCAAGUAACGGAACCAUCCAAACCAACCAAGCUCACGAAUCAUUCGCCUUAAGACAACACACUAUGCCAAUGGAUCAUCAACAGUACCUCAAUAUCAACGAGAGCAAUGUAUACGGUCUCAACCACGGUGUCAUCAAGUCCAUGUAUUUAAACACAGAGAGGAAUUGUGUCGAUUUGGAAUACUUCUUUCAAAGUUUGUGGGUGAAAGCUAAAUUCAACGCCAAGGAAGGACUUAAAAAAUCUUUCAUUUUGAAUAUGUUCAACACCGACAUGAACGUGUCUACCGAAUUAGAAAACUCCAACCGCAACUACGCCCAUUCCCGCAAUGGAAAUGCCCAACUUGUGUUCAAAAACAUCGAAGACUCUUCAGAUAACCAAUUGAUCAAGGACAUAAUUGAAAACAAUUACGCUAAACGAUUAAUCUCAGAAAUUGAAAGUGAAAUAAUCCGCAACUCUUACAACGGUUUGGUCGGAUGUUUGAGAUCUGAACUCGAAUCUACCUUUGAAAUGCCAUUGAACAAAAAACUCAAUUUAGACUUUGAAAACAAGAAAACUCAACUCUCCGUCUCUUUUGUAAGAUCCGACUCAUGGAAUGACGAUCAAUCCAGCUAUCAAUUCAAAAAACAGAAGACAGUUCAGUACGUCGCUUUCCGUCAAAACCAAUCCGGAAACGGUUACAAAUUGAAAGUCAAGGUCUUGUUGGCCAAACGGCCCACAUGGGAAUCCGACAUUGUUCUUCAAAAAUUAAACCACAUCAACCCAAUCAAGAUAAACAACGUAAAAUUCUCCGCUCAAAACAUUGUUGCUAGUGCCGUCAUGAAACGCGUACCACUGGAUAACGGUGCAUACAAAUUCGACGUCGAGGAAGCCAGCUUCAAAUUGGAAGGUCUCAGAUACGAUAUUGGAAAAUUCGACCUACCAAAAAACACUAACGAAAAAUUAGUAAGGGAGGUUGGACAAAAUCUACAGAAAAUCAUGGAGAACGGCAUGAGCGCUGCUCUGCGACAACAGUUAUACAAACAACAACAAAUCUGCAAACAACGCCCAAUGGACUGCAACAGCUGCAGCCGAAACCAAUUCAACCAACAAUAA